UUUAAAUUAGAAGCGGCUCCGGGACCCGUUGCCCCCCACACAGCGCGCGAAAACGGUGCGUGGGAGAAACUGAAAGAAAAUUGGAAGGGAAGACCCGAGAGCUGUUCGAACCUGACUUGGCCUUCCGUUCACCCGGAGCGAGGGAGCAGCGCGCUCCGAGCGUCGGGGAGGUGGGCUGCAAAGGGAGAACUCUUUCGGCACGCGGAGCGUAACGGGCGCGGGUGGCGGGCGGGAAGGUGUGGUGCGGCGAAGCGAGCGGCGUCGAGUUGGAGCUCGAGGCCCAGAGGCAGCGGCGGCCGAGGCGGUCGGCAGAGCUACGGCAGUCCACAGCGCAAAAGAAGAGGAUGCUUUUAGUCAGACUUAGGCGUAUGCUGUGAAAACUACUUUCCCAACUGUUAAUUUCUGUAGACUCAGCAGACAAAUCAGGAACCAUGGAUUGCUACAGCUUCACUGAUGAAAACUCCCUUCAAGCUGAUUUACACCUGCCUUUGCUGUCAGACAGUGAGUUGCCCAUUGCAAGUAAUAUCCAGAGAUCAGAGAUCAUCCCAGACCCUGAUGAUAUUAUUUAUGCAGGAAUGACAAGUAUAGAACUUGAAUCCAAUCUGGAGACUACCGAAAUCCCUGAUGAUCCAUUUGCUGACAAUUUAGAUCUCUCCCUGUAUACUGUAGAUAAGGGAUGUGACUCCCCAAAGAUUCCCAGUGACUCCACGGAUACAGAUUCUCCACCCAUGUUGCUAGGUAUUAGUCCUCUCCCUCGAGAACAUACCCCUGAGAAAGAUGAGAGCAAUGGUGAAGGGAAAUAUAUAUGUCUGCAGAAAAGGAGGCGUUUAUCCACCAGACAUUCACCACAGCAGACAUUCCAGGAAUGCAGUCAAUGUGGGAAGUCUUUCAGCAGUGCCAGUGCCCUGAGUAAACACUACCUGACCCACAGCCACGAGCGUCGUCAUGUCUGCAGGAUCUGCAAUAAAGCUUUUAAGAGGCAGGACCACCUAUCUGGGCAUUUGCUGACCCACCAGAAAAACAAACCUUAUGUUUGUAUGGAGCAUGGCUGUGACAAGAGUUACUGCGACUCACGAUCCUUGCGACGUCAUUAUGAAGUUCAACAUGGUUUAUACUGUCAGAAGGAGCCCUGGACUGAUACCUGCAAAGAUCUGGGCUCCAUGGAGAGCGCACUGUAUCCACAGAGUGAACAUAUGCAAGUCUCGCAUGAAGGUGACAUUGUGCAGAGUUCUGGGGCCCAUUCUGAGUCUCUUUCACAAAGACCCCUGUUGCCAAACCGACAACUGCUGAGGUGCCUAACCAGCAGUUUAAGCCAAAAAAUACCUUGCGAUAGUGGAAGCAGUGGACCCACCAGUAUCACUUUGCACUAUCCCACACAAGCCCAUGCUUUGCCAAAUGUAUUGACGGGUCCCAACAUUUGUUCAUCUGAUAGGUCAGGCAUGGUCAGGCAAGCCAAAUGCAAUGUAUUGCAAAGAGAACAUUCUACCGGUUUGAACUGUAACAUCAGUGAAUUGUGCCCUCAGGUAAACCCUGCUAAUCUGUCUGUGACAAUCCCCAAUGUUUCAUAUGUGGAAAACCUGGACGCUUGUAUUUUGGACUCUCUGAUUCCAACUAGACCACAGCCUCCACCAUACACUUUGGAGGCAGCAAGACCUGCAAGUUGGCCACAAGCUGUUGGAGCAAAUCAUACGUUAUCAAGAAAUGAAACCAUUUCCUCUGGCCACCAAGCCAGUCAGGAUCUUGUGUGGACCAAUAACCUGGCGACUUACAGUGGCAGCAAAGGAAGUUAUUCUUAUAUUGUUCCUAAUUUGCAGCCUUCUGAAGAAGUUUCUACCAAUUUUUCAAGUGGCGCUUUGCAUAAGCUGGACUCUUUCGCCCAGGCUUUCACAAAACAGAACUUGGAUAUUCAGUCAAAUCCCUCUGCUUCCAGGCCCCAGGGUGAAAACUCACAAGUGUCAGAAUUUGAUGCAUGUGGUAAUGUCUUCAGGCAGCUGUUGAGUUAUAAAGCCAACUUAAACCAGUGGCCGGCCUUUCCUGAACAGAAACGGCAACUUCUGCAGGAGCAGUAUUCGCUUCACCAGCAGCAUCAACAGCAAAUAGCCACGUCACUCUUCACACAGGUCUACAUGGGAGAGCAGGAGGCCGUCUCCCUACAGAACCAAGUCCCAUUUCAAAACCAUAUGCUCCAGCUGAUCUCUGACACCCAGUAUAAUAUGUGUCAAUCCCAAAAUUUGGUCAGCCAAUCGCAGGUAACAGUUACUCAGUCCCAGCAUAUAGUCUCCCAGAAAAUUUCAGCCCAGGCACAAAAUAAUGGAUCCCAGUCAUAUCAGCCGUUAGAUUUAGGCCAAGAUUUUCCGAGCUGCUUGAAGCAGGAAAAUGCACCGUUUUUACAAUUUCAAUCUACAAAACCUUGUCAGCAGGUCAAGAGUAUCUCCCCGUACUAUCCACCACAGGUGAAAGUUGCAGAGCCACAGACUGGCACUAGUUUGCAGCCCAAGUCCAGAGACCUUUCAGAAUGUCACAAGAAAUCCAGGAAGAGUCCAUUUAAGGUUCAACCACCACUUCAGUUGGUGUCGAAAGAUGAUAUUGCUCAGAACCAGCUUCAGGGACAGUCAGAGCAGGUGGAUAAUCGGCCACUCCCCCCCUGUAACAACAAGAGAGGGAGAGCCUCCAGUAAAGAGGCCGGCUUCAAAUACUGUACUGGAGGCAAACACAGUAAGAGCACAUCCUCUAGGAAGGAACGACAGAAGUUGGAUCCCAAUUGCACUGCUCCUCCCAGCCAGGUGGCCAUGAACUCCUUCACAGUUCAGGGUUCUUUGUCUAGGAGUACGGACGACAGCCACCAGAUAAUCCAGGCUGAAGACAUGUCCAAUCUUUCCACUACAUUGCAGGAGGGAGAUGGAUCUUCACCAGUUUCAUGUGCAUCCCAGACUUUGGAAGAAAAUGGUGAAAGCAUCAGAUGCGAGAGGUGUCAAGGCGUUUUCCACUUCCUGAAUGGACUGAAUAACCACAAUUGUUCACAAGAAGUAAUGGGAAAACAGCAUACAUCAGAAGAUGGAAUUAAAUCACAGCAGGUGACUGAUAACGGAAUUGAGAAAAUGGAGCCCGGUGGAUUAUUUUUUCAGUACCUGGAGGAUAAACUAAGUGCUCUUCUACUGAAGAAACCCUUGGAGGAAGCGGUGGUAAUGCCUUUAGUGAUCCCAGUGUCUGUACCUGUAAAAUCCUCCAAUACUGUGAAAGAUUGCAAAGCUGGAAAAUCUGACCAUUCACCCAUUAUACCAAGGAAAUCAGUCACAAUGAAACUGACCGAUCUAGUCGUCUCCUCUAAUGACAGCCAUGUCCAGGUUCCCACAAUGGUGUGCACCAUUCUCCAUCCGCGAGGGGAGAUCAGCGAAAGUCGACGACAAACCGUGAACUGCACCGACAUCCCCCACUCCAAAAAACGCAGGAAACGAUCUCGACCAGAACCCCUGUUUAUCCCGUCUCCGGCUUGGAGCCAGACAGGGGCAGCGCCUGGCAUGGUGCUGUACCAAAGCCAGAUGCGUUCUCCUGUUUGUUUGGCUGAUCAUCUUCUGGAGAUGAACUUCCAGACGCCUCCGUAUACCCCUCCCCCAAUGCUGAGCCCCAUCCGCCAGGGCUCCGGGCUCUACUUCAACAGAGUCUGUUCUGCAGCAGGUGGCACAGCGUUGCUCCACACCUACACCCCCAAAGGAAUCCUGAGUUGCAUCUUAGAUAGCACAGCUGGCUUUUGCGGGAUCUCUGUAGUGAAGGACGACUCUGUAGUCAACAUAGAACCGCACAUAAAUAUUGGAAGCCGGUUCCAGGCAGAGAUUCCACAGCUUCAGGACAAGUCGCUGAUGGUUGAUGAGGAGCCUCACGCAGAUCUUGUGUGGAAGCCGUGGGGCGACAUUGAAACCAACAAAGGCACUCAGAGAACAGUGACAGACCUGUUGAACAUGGCUUGUUCCAGCGUGCUGCCAGGGGGAGGCACCAACAUGGAGCUGGCUUUACAUUGUCUGCACGACACUCGGGGAGAUGUCCUGGCUGCAUUAGAAAUGCUGCUGAUGAAAGGCCUAUCACGAGAUCUCUCUCACCCGCUGACAGAUUACCAUUACACUGGCACUGAGAAAUGGACUUGCGCAGAGAGAAAGAUGUUCAACAAAGCCAUCUGCAUUCACAACAAGGAUUUCUUUCUAAUGCAGAAGAUGAUAAAAUUCAAGAGUGUGGCUCAAUGUGUGGAGUAUUACUACACCUGGAAAAAGCAGCUAAAGUUUGAGUGGAACAGAACCCACCUGCCCGAGGAGGAAGAGACCAGACAUGAGGCAAAUGCCCUGGCAGAAUCGAAGGAAAUAAAGAAGCUGACUUUCAUCGAGUCUCAGAGCCUCAGCAGCCUUCCCUGUCCGACCAGUGGAAACCGGGAGAAACCCAGGAAGAAAAUCUCACGGGCGACACCCAGCCCCUCGCCCUCAGCUCCCUGUCAGACAGGAGCCGCGGACAAGAACGGAAAAGCAGUCACUGGGGGAGAUUUCCCCUGUAGAGAGUGCGCAAAGGUGUUUGACAAGGUGAAGAGUAGGAACGCUCACAUGAAGUGCCACCGGCAGCAGGAGGAGCAGGAGAGACGGGCAGAGAUCAAACGCUCGAGGAUACGUUUGAAAGUUGAGGUGGAGGAAAAAACAGAACCAAAAGAGCUGAUCACCCAUGUAGACAACUUCCAGAACAACACAGCGCCCUAGACAGGCAUCCGAGGCUCUUCAUCUCUGUUUGAGGAAGGUUAUUUCAGUUUGCCCAGGGAGUGCCUCUGAGCAAACACAGUUGAUGUGCAAGACACACAUCUCUGUGACACCCACUUUAUUUACUCAGUUUACAAGGCUGUUUAUUUAUCUCCUCCCUGUACCUCACAAUAAUGUCAUUAUAGAUCAUUGAAGAGCAAUGUGAUUUGAAGCUGAGAUUCCCCCCCCCCCGCUGUCGGUUAGUGUUAUCACAACAUUACAUUUGUGUAGCACCAUUCAUAUAAAUAGAGCUUCAGGAUGAGAAUUGUUACUUUUGAAUUGUUUUAAACAAGGACAUUGCUGGCGAGUAGCACAGUGACUUCUUUUCUCAAGUGUCUCAAUCCUGUAAACGGACAGGAUUAGAAGGGUGUUCAAUAUUAUUUUAGAGAUUUUUGUCACAUCUGUUUCCAGCAGCCAGCGGUCCGCCAAGCCUCAGCUCCUACCAACCUCUCCUAAUACUCUGGAGGGAGAGAAGACACAUUUCGUUCCAAUAAAUAUCUCUGGAAUUUCCAUAUAGGAUGGAUGGAACUCAGUUUGGCUUGGAGACUCUUUAAGCAUAGUGAUGGGUUUCCGGCUGUGUCAGACACCUGGCUGACCCAAAAAAUUAAUUUGGUGCCAGAGGGCAAAAGGGCAACGGUACCACUUGUGAUGGGCAGUGUGAUGUAAUAAGCCAUUAUUCCAAUGAAUAUAAACCUGAUGCAAUGUUGUGGACAUCUGGUCAAUGAUUGUCACCUCAAUCAGACCGUUUGUGGUCUGUCUGGUCUCGGCCCCAUUGAGGCAAGGCAGGGUUUGCAUUGGUUCAGAGUAAAAACCAUUUUGUUUAAAGGUAAACACCAAGGUGGUGUUCCAGUAGUCCUGAAUACACGUUCACCCACUUCGAUUUGACACAGGCUCUACCUACAAAACCAAACAUGGAGAUGGAUCAGUUUUCUCAUUAACCUGAAGAAAAAUUGAGGGAUUUUUAGGAAACAAAAUCCAAUUUUUGUCCUUUCCUGCCUCUCUGCACCUCGAGCAGUGAAAAUGGAAAAAAGGUUCAUUUCUACACCUUUGCUGACUUAUGUUUUUGUAUUGUGUAUAUUUCUGUACAUUUUUCAUUCAGUACAAAUCUACAAAAAAAGUUAUUAGAAAAUCUUGAUGGACAGAAGAGUGCUUGAUUUUGUAAAGGAAUCUAUUUCUGACGAGUGCUGUUCUCAUUUGCCGACAAAACAGGUUUAGUACAAGUGCUGCAGACUCCGCUAUGACUGUGUUUCUGUUACACCACUCACUCAGUUAGGGAAUUCAAAGCUUCUCAUCCGCAGGAUUGAACCGUUAAAGACUGGGCAAGUGAGGGAUUCCAUUUGUGCAAAUAGAAAGGUUGCUGCGUGAAAUGCACGUUUGCUCGGGAGAGUGAACUGAGAACGAGUGAAACCAGCACAAUCUGCCAUAUUGUUCACUGUCUUUUUUUCAAAACUACGCAAAAUUGUUUCAAUAAAAAUGACGUUGAUUGUUGCAGCAGUGUGUUAUUCCAGAUU